GACAUGUCUGCGUGACGUCACUGAUUUGCAUAGUCGUACAACAUGUGGAAGGAAAAUAUGCUGGAGAGAUCGCUCAGCUAGGUCGAUGUCACAAAUUAUUUCUGUAAACCCGGGAGAGAUGGACAACACUUUUCGUUAAUAUGAAGACCGGAUCUUCAGAAUGUAAAUGCGGAGGCAGUGGCCCCACGGUGGAUGACCCAAUACAGUGUGCAACCGAUUGAUUCUGACACUGUCAGCAGUUACAUCACAUACACCUAGCUUGGAUGAGCGUAAAGUGUAGCGGAACUAUGCGAUCUACCAACAUCUUUCGUGACCAGGUGGAUACUUUCACAAACUGGUUUAAAGCCUGGAGUGAGUGUGAACAGACAGUAGCUUUGUACUCAUUGCUGAAGAAAGUUAAGCCAAUUCAGGGCAAAUUUCUGGCACAAGUUCUUGAACAGAGCGCAGCAGAGUUCUCAGAGAUAGAAACUUUGGAAUCUGAAGCCAAUGAUUCAGUGUUCAUCAGUCGCUUGUGCAAUGAACCCCAAGAUAAAAUCAUUACAGACUUACUUCAUCACAUGCUUCUACUCCGAGCGGGAAAUGAGCGGGCCAAAGGGGAGUACUUGAAUAUCAUUCCUAAAGUGCUGUCACACUCCAUUGAAAAUGGUGUGCACAUAGAAGAGAGUAGACAGUUGCUGUCUUACUCGCUCAUCCAUCCGGCCAUGACUAGUGAGGAGAGGUCAAAGUUCACGUUAUGGCUGGGCUACUUGGAGGAGAAGUAUAGCAUCUAUCACCAGUCACACCCAAAUAACGAGUUUUCAGCAUAUUGCCCUCCUAAAGACAGUGGUUUUACCAACCCCACAACCAAUGGCUCUCUCCAAGGGCUCCACACAAGUGGGCCCCACACGUCUUGGGAGGAGCCGGAUAAUAGUGACACUCACAGGCUUGCAGAAAUCGUCCUUAAUGGUGGCAGUCUGUCCGCCACCAAUCUCAGUAACCAUAGUAACCAGGGUUCACAAUUGACUGUUAAUGGUGUUUCGGAAAGCAGUGCUCUGCACCGGGCAAGGGGUGGCCAUAUCCCGCUACAUGCCACUACCUCCGCACCCUCCCAGUUCAGAUCUCCAGCUCCACCACAACACAACAACACUCACCAAAAUCUUCAUGCACAGUUAUGUCACACUUUGUCCGUCACACCAGCCAUGCAGCCUCUGAACAAUGUUUCUGACUGGCUACGAUCCAAUGACAAGCAGUUUUCUCGACUAAGUCGCUCCAAAUCCAUCACCUCAGAUCACGCUCCCUUGUCCCCUCAGAGCAGCGUGACAUCAUCAGGCAGCGGAAGUGACUCCCAUCAUGACGAUGGUCCCCAGCCUGUUAGGAACAGCUUCCUGGAAGAUGGAAGUGGUAUGAGAGAUGUUCCCAUAUGGCUGAAAACUUUGCGUCUCCACAAAUAUUCCUACCUUUUCCAGCAACUGACCUAUGAGGACAUGUUAGGAAUUACAGAGCAGUGGCUAGAGGCCCAGAAUGUUACCAAAGGAGCUCGUCAUAAGAUUGUUGUGAAUAUAAACAAGUUAAAGGCCAGACAGGAAAUGCUACGAAACCUAGAGAAGGACAUUAUGGAUGGCGGGUCAAUUAAGAAUGCACUGACUGAAAUGAAGAAUAUGCUGAACACUCCGCUAAAACAGUAUAGCCCAUGCAAGCUGUCUGAGCUGCCCUCUGACCACCCAGGCUGCAGUGGGGAUGCAAGCUCAAUAAAAUCCCAAACAAAUGUAUCCCCUCCUUCCUCCCCAUCAGCGGAGGGUGAUUCCACAACUAUCCCUGAGGGAGAUCUCCCGGGGCAAUUUACACGACUCAUGGGAAAAGUGUGUACACAGCUGCUGGUGUCAACACGAGGUCCAGACGAAGACUGUUUUAGUGCAUAUCUUAGCCUCAUAGACAAAUGUAUUAAUCACGAGGCCUUCAGCCAGAAACAGAAGAAGCUUCUUGCAACCCGAAAACAGCAAGCACAGAGAAUUUGCCCUCCAUCACAACUCAAAUACAGUUUAGAUCACAGCAAGAGAAAAGGGUGGGGAAACACUUAUCCUAUAUUAGCCAAUCGCACGUGCCAAAGAACAGGUCAUCCUCACAAGAAUGUCAUGACCCAGUGGAAGUUUGGUUCUAAGCGGUCCAUUGUGGGAGGAACAACAAGCGGCCAUAGCCCACUCAGUCGAAACCACUCUGUCAACCCGGCCAUGUUUUCACGACCAGGCCUCUUUGAGGGUAAACAAGCUGUAGUAAGAACGCAGUCCGAACCACUUCGCACCUCAAACAUGGGACUCGGAGUUCUACCCAGGCCAGAUUUGAGUCCAUCCGACACAGAGAUUAAUGCCCGGUUGGAUUCUCUCUGCCUCAGUAUGACAGAACAUGCCCUGGGAAGCUCAGAUGUUUCUGAGAAGAACUCCACUUUCUGAGGAAAAGAACUGUGACUCUUCGCGUUUGAUUAACGUACUUGAUGAUGAUUUCGCCGAGAACUUUACCUGAGACACAACCCAGUGCCUUACGGUCAUCCUGCUACUGCUGUGCCAUGUGGGGCCAAAACCUGAACAGGAAGCACUCUUACACCUGUUGAAAACUUUAACAACUCCUGACAACUAAUGACAGAUGACUGAAGAUGGUGCUCUGAUUCUGUGUGAAAAGCCAAAUAUAACUCUGCAGAACGACUCAAUAGGAUCUUAAACUGUGAGACAUCAAUGUCCAAUCAUAACCAAGUCUGGCAUAUCCAGACAAGCAGACCUAGAUAUUUUUCAGUUGUUUUUUUUUUUCUUUUCUUUGUUACAUUAUUGAAUGAAUAUACUAUUCUUUAGCCAGUUUUGUGAAUGUAAUAUAUUUCAAGGGCAAUAAUUUCAUCUGCCACAAUAUGGUAUAAUUUAUCACAUUUCUGUCCAUAAAUUUUUAUUAUUUUAUUUAUUAGACCAAGCAGAUAAUAUCCAUAUGUACUUGUUUCUGCUGAGUCGGCAAUGACUUCGUCACAUCUUUCACCCUCCUGAAAUAUUGUAAUUGCGAUUAUUUAUUUAUUUUCCCAUAUUUGGUCGGCCUUCCUUCUGUAAGGCUGUCCUGACUAUCUAUGGAACAUUAUUGGCCUCUUUUAUUUCAAUAAGCGCAUGUUUUCAGACAUGUUGACAUCUUUUGUUAGAUUUCCUAUUUACAAGUCGCUUUAGUGCUGCAGGAACAGUAAUGACUGACUACAUGUAUGUAGGUUCUAUUGGUCAGGCGAUAUAAGCUUAGACCCUAUUACAGAGAUGUUCAAAUACACUGUUAGCCUGGUCAGCUGUGUUUUGUAUAUUUUGAAAGCCUGCAACAUCUGUUGGAGUUUUACAGUUGGUUUUCUCUUAAUAAAGUGAGAUAGUCAAGUUGAGGAUUACAUUGCGUCCUGCAGGAGCUAUGUGGCAGGAGACCUUGAAGUGUCCUAUAAAACCGCAGUAUAAUUGUACAUAGAGACUGCAGGAUCGUUGGGUCACUUUGCUAUGAUGGACAAACCAGCCUGCGUUCUUAUCGGUUCAAAUCCUGAAAAUUCAUUGUUUGAUGAUAAUAUGCAUGCAUUUACACAGAAAUAUUGACUUGGGCAUUUUGGAGGACAUGCCCUCAUGGAUUAUCUCCCCUGCAUUAAGUUUUUCAGAAUGUAUAGCUUUCACUUCGUCAGUUAAAAUGAUUUAAAAACAUGUUGCCAUCUUAACCAAUACCAAGUGGGAUUUUAAUAUUACUAAGGGGUGAAUUUAAAUAUAAAGACUGAUUGGGAAUACAUAUAAUGACAAUUGACAGGUUGGGCUAGUUCACAAAACAGACCAAACUUGCUGUAUGCAAUGCACUACAGUUUUGAUAUAGGACUGUGUGAGGAGGAUCACCAUUCUACAGUUAUCUGACAGUGAUGAUCCUCAGUGUGUAGGACACACCCAUAUUUAGGGUACGCUUCCCUUAUAUCUCUAGACAAUCCAGCUUUGUAAGCCCAGUGCUUUGCUAUAUUUUUGAGUUUGGCUUGGACCAAUUUUUGUAAAACACACCUCGUGUAUAAAUGUUUAUGAUGUCAAAAAGUGACUCAGUUGACUAGUCACAAGUGUUUCAAGGAACAACCACGAAACCAUACUGCAAUUUGCAAUCUCUUGUUUUUUUUAACUGUCUACCAAAAGUCAAAAUAGAUAUAAAACUCCUAUUUUUCUAUGACCUGUCAACUUUCAGAGAUGCCAUAUUUUUGUGUGUUUUGGUGUUAUUUAGAGAUAUCCCCAGUCUGGUAGUAACCUAGACCCUCCGAGAGGGUGAGAUAUUUGGCAUGAUCCUUCGGGGUUGUAACAUGAAGAACAUGUAAUUCUAAUUGCUACACAUGUGUGUACAUACUCUAGUAUGUAUGAAAAUUUCUAUUAAAAUAGUUAUUUCUCAUUUGUUGCCAAAGUAAUACUUAAGAACAGUACUUUGGCAUGAAUGCAUUUCAUUUAAGAACACAUCACAUUCAUCUUCCGAUUUCAUGAAAAUCAUGUUCCUGUGUUAAACUGCUUAAAUGUGAAGACAAACAUUGUUAAGAUCUGAAACACAGAGCACUAACAUAGAAAGUUUCCAGAUCUGAAUAUGUGUGCCAGUGGCCAAACUGUCCACCACACAAUUACAGCAGAGAGUUUACCUAGUGGUAUUCUUGUCAGUGCUACCCGUUUCCUUCUGGCUUCAGAUCAAGUGUGUCAAGGUAGCUGUCAGUAUUUUGUCAGCUACAUGUUGAGCCUGUUGCUAUAUUUCUUUCCCUGUUAAAUCAUGUUCUAGAGAAUUUGUUGUUUAGCCUGAAUUGUGCUUGUAUUUGGACAGUUACCUGUUGAAACGAAGAUUUUUUAAGAAUUGUUCUUUCUUAUUUUAUGUCUGUUCUGACUUUUGACAGAGAACAGGAGGUUGUGCAAGGUCAUCAGGACUUUGUUCCCUCCCCUUGUUCUCUUAUUUCUAGAUGUUCUUAAUCCUGUUUGUUCUGUUGUUCUCAACACCCUUGAGGGAAGUUUUCAGGAUAAUAAAUGUUAGUGGUUGUCAUAACCAAAA